UGAGAAAAGCGGAAUCAAAAAAGAAAGAAAGAAGAGAUAGACGUCACCUGAGAUUGCCACGUGUGAAACUAUUUUAUUAUAUUGAGUGGUAUUUUUGCUCGGCCAUUUAAUCCCAAAUCUUCAGUGAGUGGAGGAUGUUCACCGGGUCAACCAAGAAGAUUCAGCAUUGAGGAUCACCCGUCGGAACACCUAUGACAGUCUCAGAAGCAACGGCAUCAGCUCAGGACAUGGAAGUGGACUCCUCUUCUAAGGCGGAAUCCUCAGCUACCGCCUUCAAGCGCUUGCACCCUGGCCCCUAUCUGUCCAAAUUCCUCGCGAAAGGCUAUCGUCCCGAUGGCAGAAAAGUGACCGCUUGGAGAGAUGUAAAGAUCAACAAGGGCUCCGUGUCUACUGCGGACGGUUCGGCGCUCGUUAGGCUCGGAGACACAACCAUGGUGUGCGGUGUCAAGGCGGAGAUUGCAGAGCCAUUGGCAACGUCGCCUCGAUCAGGUUACAUCGUUCCAAAUAUCGAUCUGCCCGCUCUGUGCUCGCCAAAGUUCAAGCCUGGUCCACCGGCAGAUGAAGCGCAGACAAUGUCAAACUGGCUCUUUGACCUCAUCACUUCCUCACGCACGGUCGAUCCGCAAUCUCUCUGCAUUUGCCCUGGCAAAGCUGUUUGGGCAUUGUAUAUUGAUGUUGUGUGCAUCAACUAUGACGGCAAUGCGUUUGAUGCCGCCGUUUUGGCAGUCAUGGCUGCUUUAGGGAAUACUCGACUGCGCUCCGCGACGUAUGACGACAUCACGGCCAAGGUCACUUGCAGUGACGAUUUCCAUUCUCUUGCUCUGGGCCGUCUACCGCUCUCUUGCUCUUUUGGAAUAUUCAAAUCAGCCUAUCUGCUCCCUGAUCCAUCUUCGUUCGAGGCACCACUGAUCCAUACCACUCUGACAAUAGCUUUGGACGAGGAGAACAGGGCAUGCUUGGUCCGCCACGAAGGCCUAGGAGGGACAGAUACGAAAAGCGGUCAGGAUGUCCUGGAUGAAGCUUGGUCGAUCGCAGAAGAGAGGGUCAGAGAGAUCCGGCGUCUCUUAGAUGACCAUCCGGCAACAAACCGAUAAAGACUCCCGUUUGGCGCCCUCAGCUCUCUGCAUGCGAUGCCAGUAGCUAGUCCUCCUCAUGCUCCUGUUGUAAUGCUAAUCAUGUACAUGAAUUUACAUCAUCGGAC